UGAGGCAAGAGCGAGAUGGAGUUCCUACGAGUUGGGAUAUUGCUCAUAUUUCAUGUAUUUUUCUUCUCAGGAUAUUCACAAUCGAGAUCUCUAAGGCCGAGAGAAAAGGAAAAUGAUGUACUCAAUAGGGCGGUUCGAGAUUUAUUUAUGAUAUACCAAGAGGAAAGCUUGAAGACAAGACUAGUCGGUGUGAUCCGAGGCGAAGCGGGGAAAUCCCUGAAUGAAAGCGAAGACCACGUGACGAACGAACAAGGGCAAAUAUCUUCUGACGGAAACUUCACUGGGUUGGCUGACAUGUCAACGUUCCUUCUUGAAACUAAUAAACAGGGCGAAGAUAAUGAUGACAACAAAAAGAAAGACUUGCUUCUCCGAAUCUAUUCGAUAUUACGCAAAACUUCUCAAAAGGCUGACGUCAAUGAGUCGGAUGAUGAGCAGGACAUUGAAAACCACCGUGGAGAGGCAGACGAUGACAGUUUAAGUGCGUACUCUAAACCCAAUCACCACAUUACUUCGAUGCCGUUAAUAGGAAAAUUCCCUUCAAACCCAACCAACGAUUCAAACAUUAACAUGUCAGAUUACAGUGCUAUAAAUGAAAGUAAACUGACGGCUUUAGCGAACGAAACUAGGACAAAUGUAGAUUGGUCGUACAUUCCUUAUCCAAACGAUUCGACGACGAAACUAAAUGACGAUGGCGAAUUGGUGGUGAGGAAUGCAAUACCGACCACUAUCGACGAUGUCGAGUUCACAAAUAAUAUGUAUCCUACAAAUAUGACAGAUGGCGGUGAUGGUGGGCAGGAUUUUUUCGAGAACAAACGCAACGAGCAGGACAUCGGAUAUUUUCCAAGGACGAUGUCGGGUGAGAAAAAGGACGAACUUAGUGGUGACAAAGAGAGAAAUCACGAUUAUGAUUUCAUGGACAUUAAACGAAGUGAAAUAAACUUCCAUUACCAUAGUGAUGUCGCUUUAGAUAAUUCGACAAGAAAUAACCUCGCUUUAAACGAAAAGAUCGAUGAAAAAUACAAAAAUAAUGAUGAUGACGACGAAGUCGAUGUUGAAGAUGACGACAGUGGCAACGACGAUGGAGAAGGAAAUAACGAUGACAUGGAUAAUUAUGAUGAUGAUGAUGAUAAGGAUGGUCAUAUUCAUGUUGUUGAUGAUUACGCUGCCGACGAGGACGAUGUUCACGACGAUGGUUAUGAUGAGGAAGACGCUCAUUAUGAUAAUGCCGAUUAUGAGGAUGACGGCGAUGGUAACGACAACGAUGAUGGUGACCAUGGUAACAAUGAUGAUGAUGAUAGUAAUGAUGAGUAUGAUCAGUAUGAAAAUAAAAAUAAUGAAGAUACAUUGCUUCUUGCCACAAAACCAAAUGAUAAUGAUAAAGAGUGGAUAAGUACCUACCAUAAUUCCGACAACCAAGGAACAUUUAACCACGUCAUCCAAACCAACACAAACGAAGAAGGUGAUGAUCACCAUGAUAACCACGGUCGUACAUCCAUUGAAGAUGAAGAUGCUGAAAGAUUCCUACGCUGGAUAUUAAAGUACAUCCUCCGAAGAAUGGAUGAUGGCUCCAAAUCAGAGAGAAACCAGGACGUGGACCAGGAACUACUGCCAUCUGAAGGUUUGUGA